AUGGAGCCACAGGUCCUCUUCGCCGAAGAAAUCUACUAUAUCUGGAUGCACUUCUGGAUCAAGAUCUGCUUCCUGCUCUUCUACCUCCGACUCGCGAAAGAACGCACGUACCGCAUGCUUGUCUUUGACACCAUCGGCCUGACCGGAGUCAUCACCCUCACCAUCCGGCUGAUCUACUGCCUGCAAUGCGACCCCCCUCGAGGCCUUUUGGUAUCCCACGCAGUUCCCCGCGGCGAAGUGUCUCCCGUCGAAAGUGACGUAUUUUGUGCCGGGAAGCUUGGUAUGUCCGACACUGAACUCUUCCUCGCUUGCAUCAUCCUCUUCCUACCCGUCACCAUGUUCUAG